AUGAAGAAGACCGGUGACAUUGAUGUUGUCCGGUGUAGGGGCGAGGAACAGACCAGGGAGCUGAAGGCCAGCCAUAGACUGCCCAAGGCGGAGAAAAAUAAGGCCAUUGCAUUGAAAAAGGAGGCUGAUGUUGAGACCGAGAAGAAGAAUUCGACGGUUGGCGAUUCUCGGUGGAGGGUUGGCGACGAGAGGAGCCGCUGCGGUGGCUGCCAAUGUGGUUGUGGUUGCUGCGAGUGUUGUUUCUGUUGUUGUUGCUGCGAUUAUGAGGUGAAGAGGGAUGACCUGAAUAGUGCAUAUAUCGUUGUUUCUGAUGAAGCCAACUGA